AUGGAUGCACCGCCUCCCCUAUUCAAUAUCCAUCCACCCCUGAUCAACACGGCAUGUCCAUGGGCAACCACAAUUGACGAUCUGAGGCUCCUCUACAAGUGCCCGUCAACAGGCGCAGUCACUACUCGGACGUCCCUGAUCAACGGGUUUGAUCACGACCCUGAAAGGCAUCACUACGCUUUCUUCGACGCAGCCCAAGCCGGCUCGGCACCCAACGCAAGCAUCAACUCCCUCGGUUACAGCCCACUCACGUUACCGAUCUAUCUUGGCUUCAUCCAAACAAUCUCAGACGAACAGCCCUCCUGGUCCGCCAAGGGGUUCAUCCUCUCCGUUACGGGGUCGGUAGAAGACAUCGCCGUCAGUUACCAACACAUCGCCUCGGCGGCACGCGGCGUGCAAUUCCCCCUCGCCAUGGAGAUCAACCUCAGCUGCCCCAACAUCCCCGACAUGCCGCCCCCAGCCUACUCGGGGGAAGCACUCACGAUGUACCUCAGCCGCAUCCAGCAAGUCGUCGUCGAGACCGCUAACUAUGACGAUGGCAACACCCCACGCAUCCCCGUUGGCCUCAAGAUACCGCCCUACACCCAUUCCACGCAAUACCACACCCUCAUUGCCGCCCUAGAAGCCGCGACCUUGUCAGGAGGCCAUUGCCCCAUCUCCUUCAUCACCACAACCAACACCCUCGGCUCCUGCCUCCUCCUCGACCCGUCGCCAGCACCAGCACCCCCAGAUCCCAGCUCGCACUACCCGGGUUCAACGACCGCGCUCCCCGGUACCGGAAUCGGCGGCAUGGCCGGCGCCGCCCUGCACCCGCUGGCCCUGGGCAACGUGGCCACCCUGCGGAGGUUGCUGGAUAAGCGGUGGCCGGACGAGGCCGCCGGUGGUGUUAAUAAGGGCCGGGUGCGGUUAGUGGGCGUGGGUGGGGUGAGUGACGCCGCGGGCUAUCUGCGGAUGAGGGCUGCUGGGGCGGACGUGGUCGGUCUCGCGACGGGGUUGGGCUUGAAGGGGGUGGGUGUGUUUGCCGAGGUGGAGGGGGGGUUGGAAAGGGGGUGGUAG